UAAAAAGCAGCAUAGCCAAAGUUAUAACCUCGAGUCCCUUCCCCCAUAAAAGCCACAAGGAGUUGGGCCAGUCCAGUUCCAGUGGAUGAAGUGAGGACAGGCUUAUUCGGAGCUCCACCACACCUGCAGCCACAAGUCCAGAGGCUGAGGCUUCCCACUCGGAUGACGCAUUGGGAUGUACUCGUGAGCCAAAGGAAAGGUCCAGUGGGAUGGUGCACGCAUCAAGUUGAUGUACGAAGCGUUUCAAUGAUAGAGGAAAGACGUGACCACAUGGAACCCUCAGCGCCUGAUCAUUCGCGUCCUGAAUCAGAAUUGGGAUCGGCCCAAUGCCUUGGCGAUUUCAUCGCCACUGUUGUGCGCUUGAAUGCAUCAAUUAGAGGUACGAAGAUGCGUGUGGACGACAACUGUGACCGAAGUGUCUCUCUGAUGCUGAUGUUGGCUUUGACCUCCUACGGCUGCUUCCAACAUCUUCAUCAUGGACUCCAAAGGCCCCAGUGGCACCUUCAAGAGGUCCUCCCUCAAACGUAGCACGUCGGGCUCGCAGAAGGCGCAGCGAGUUUGGAUUGAGAGGACAUUUCUGAAAAGGGAAUGCAUUCACAUCUUUCCCACCAAGGACAUCACCAGAUGUUCAUGCGGUCAGCUGACAACGCAGCACGUGGCCAUCCCGCCCGGCGCCAACUCUCUGGAGGAAGCGCACCAGCUCGUGCAGAUCGACACCCCCAAAGACAAAUGGAGCGUGAUCAAGCACACCAGGACCUUCCCGACGGACUCGUUCGGCAUCAUCGAGUUCCAGGGCGGAGGGUUCAUCAACAAGGCCAUGUACAUCCGAGUGUCCUAUGACACCAAACCGGAGAACCUGCUGCAUCUGAUGGUGAAGGAGUGGCAGUUGGAGCUGCCCACGCUCCUCAUCUCGGUGCACGGAGGCCUCCAGAACUUUGACCUGCAGCCCAAACUCAAGCAGGUUUUCGGCAAAGGCCUGAUUAAAGCGGCCGUCACCACGGGCGCUUGGAUCUUCACGGGCGGAGUCAACACAGGUGUGAUCCGUCACGUGGGAGAUGCCUUGAAGGACCAUUCCUCAAAGUCACGAGGGAAAGUGUGCGCAAUAGGAAUUGCCCCCUGGGGGAUUCUGGAGAACAAAGAGGAUCUUAUUGGGAAAGACGUGACCAGACCCUACCAGACGAUGGCCAACCCGCUGAGCAAGCUGGCCGUGCUCAAUAACAGCCACUCGCACUUCAUCCUGACCGACAACGGCACCUGCGGCAAGUACGGCUCUGAGGUCAAACUGCGUCGCCUGCUAGAGAAGCAUAUCUCGCUGCAGAAGAUCAACACCCGUCUGGGCCAGGGUGUUCCACUCGUGUGUCUGAUAGUGGAAGGAGGUCCCAACGUUAUCUCCAUCGCCCUGGAGAGUCUGCGAGACGAGCCUCCGAUUCCGGUGGUGGUGUGCGAUGGCAGCGGCCGCGCCUCUGACAUUAUUUCUUUCGCACACAAGUUCUCAGAGGAUGGAGGGCUCGUCAACGACGACGUGCGAGAUCAACUCCUGGUGACCAUUCAGAAGACGUUCAACUACAGCAAGAGCCAGUCGCAGCAGAUCCUUCUCAUGGUGAUGGAGUGCAUGAAGAAGAGGGAACUGAUCACAGUUUUUCGAAUGGGUUCUGAGGGUCAGCAAGAUAUAGAAAUGGCCAUUCUUACAGCCUUGUUAAAAGGCACGAACGCUUCAGCAGCUGACCAGCUCAGUUUAGCUCUAGCCUGGAACCGAGUGGACAUUGCUCGCAAUCACAUCUUUGUCUACGGACAUAAUUUACCUCCGGCUGGGGCCAUCGCUAGCACGACCACCGCGCUGGCCCCAACCCAGGAGAAGCAGAAGAGUCCAGCCAGUGCCCCCCGCAACAAAAACAGGGGCAAGAAAGGAAAGGGCAAAGGAAAAGCCAAACCCGAACCUCCAGAGGAAACCGAUCCACGGAAGUUGGAGCUCAUUCGUUGGGUAAAUUCCCUGGAACAGGCUAUGAUGGAUGCUCUGGUUUUGGACCGAGUGGAUUUUGUCAAGCUGCUUCUGGAGAACGGCGUCAAUAUUCACCACUUCCUCACUAUUCCAAGACUGGAGGAGUUGUACAAUACGAAACUGGGCCCUGCUAAUACUCUGCAUGCUGUCGUUAGAGAUGUCAAAAAGGGGAACCUUCCCCCAGAUUACCAGAUCACCUUGAUUGACAUCGGCUUGGUGCUGGAGUACCUCAUGGGUGGAGCUUACAGGAGUAAUUACACCAGGAAGGCUUUCCGCAACCUCUACAAUACUCUGUAUGGACUUAAAAGGCCCAAAGCUCUCAAGCUUCUCGGAAUGGAGGAUGACGAACCUCGACCAAAAGGCAAGAAAAAGGCGAAAAAGAAAAAGGAGGAAGAGGUGGACAUUGAUGUGGAUGACCCGGAGGUGUCUCGCUUCAAGUAUCCCUUCCACGAGUUGAUGCUGUGGGCGGUGCUGAUGAAACGGCAGAAGAUGUCGCUCUUCCUUUGGCAGCGUGGAGAGGAGGCCAUGGCCAAGGCACUGGUGGCCUGCAAACUGUUCAAGGCCAUGGCCCACGAGUGCUCCGAGAGCGAGCUUGUGGACGACAUCUCCCAAGACCUGGAGAACAACUCAAAAGAAUUUGGCCAGCUGGCCUACGAACUGCUGGACCAGUCGUACAAGCACGACGAGCAGGUGGCCAUGAAGCUGUUGACCUACGAGCUGGUGAACUGGAGCAACUCCACCUGUCUGAAGUUGGCCGUGGCCGCCAAGCAGCGAGAUUUCAUCGCCCACACGUGCAGUCAGAUGUUGCUCACAGACAUGUGGAUGGGCUGCCUGAGGAUCGGCAAGAACCCAGGCCUCAAGGUCAUUUUGGGCAUCAUCUUUCCUCCGCUGAUUCUUCUGCUGGAUUUCCGUCUCGGGGAUGAUGCGUCCUACGCUACAUCUGGAGCCAAAGACGAGGGAAAAGAUAAAGACGACGACACAAAAUCCAGCAAGGACCCCAAUGAUGCCACUUCCCGGAAAGGGGAUGAAGAGGAAGGCAGUGCCAACGUCCGCAAAAUCCCCAUUGGCAAAAGAUUAUUUGAGUUUUAUGAUGCACCCUUCACUAAAUUCUGGUUCAACACAAUAUGUUAUUUGGGCUACCUGAUGUUAUACAACUACAUCAUCCUGGUGAAGAUGGAACGAUGGCCGUCCCUACAAGAAUGGACCGUCAUUGCUUACAUCCUUACCCUCGGCAGUGAAAAAGUCAGACAGAUCUUGAUGUCUGAGCCUGGCAAGCUGAAACAGAAGAUCAGCGUGUGGCUGGAGGAGUACUGGAACAUCACGGACUUGGUGGCCAUCUCCACCUUCCUCCUGGGACUCAUGUUGAGGCUGCAGCAAGAGCCUUACAUGGGCUACGGGAGAGUCAUAUACUGCAUAGACAUCAUCUUCUGGUACAUCCGCGUCCUGGACAUCUUCGGCGUCAACAAAUACCUGGGGCCCUACGUGAUGAUGAUCGGAAAGAUGAUGAUCGAUAUGAUGUACUUUGUGGUCAUCAUGCUGGUGGUGCUCAUGAGCUUCGGGGUGGCCCGCCAAGCCAUCCUGCACCCCGACGAGGAGCCGACAUGGCGCCUGGCUCGGAACAUUUUCUAUAUGCCCUACUGGAUGAUCUAUGGAGAGGUUUUUGCCGACUCGAUAGACCUCUAUGCAAUGGAAAUCAACCCUCCGUGUGGCGAACAUUUGUACGACGAAGACGGGAAGAAGUUGCCUCCGUGCAUCCCUGGCGCCUGGCUCACGCCUGCCAUUAUGGCCUGCUACCUCCUUGUGGCCAAUAUUCUCCUGGUCAACCUGCUCAUUGCCGUCUUCAACAACACCUUCUUCGAGGUCAAGUCCAUUUCCAACCAGGUGUGGAAGUUUCAGCGCUAUCAGCUGAUCAUGACCUUCCACGACCGGCCCAUCCUGCCCCCGCCACUUAUCAUCUUCAGCCACCUCUACAUCCUCUUCAGCCGGCUCUUUCGCCGCUGCGCCAGGAAGAAGCAAGACGGAGAACUUGACGAGAAGGACCGCGGCCUCAAGCUGAGACUGAAUCCGGAGGAACUGAAGAACCUGUAUGAGUUUGAAGAACAGUGUGUGGAGGAAUACUUUCGGGAAAAGGAAGACGAGCAGCAGUCUUCGAGCGACGAACGCAUUAAGGUUACUUCGGAAAGAGUUGAGAACAUGUCCAUGCGUUUGGAGGAGGUCAACGAGAGGGAGAACACCAUGAAGGCCUCCCUGCAAACGGUGGACCUCCGCCUUGCCCAACUGGAGGAGAUCCACGGUCGGAUGGCGCUCGCCUUGGAAAAGCUGGCGGGGGUGGACAGACUGGAGCUGACCAGGACUCACUCCCGCAAUUCGUCGGUGUGCGAUCCCUCAUCUUUGGUUCGCCAGGGAAGCAUCAACAGCGCUGACGGUUACAGCCUCUACCGCUUCCACAUGGACAUGGAGGAGUUUGCCACCAAGCAGAAGGAUGCGGAGGAAGUGGCGAAAAGUAGCCUGGAAAGACAGAAGAGUCAAGCUUCCAGCACGUGCGCCCUGAACGUCAAGGAGGGCGCUCAGACCUUAGAAGUUGGCAGCCUGAGCAGAACUAGGCCCGGCUCUUGCGUGGACAUCCUCAUAUCGCCGUGUGAACCCAAGCAAGCGUCUGCGGGAUCGAGCAGCGACACCUUAGCUAGCAAGGAGAUACUCGGAAGCUCGCACCUGCUGGACCGAAUCGCGGACAAGAACAGACUCAAACCAUCCUCCCCGCCCAAAAGGACCAAAUCACUGAGACACUAUCCGGCCGAAGAGCCGGCCGCCUCUCCUUUGACCAAGAGGAGGAGCAUGAGCACCAUCAUCAUCAGCCCUCCCGAUGAACCCGAGGAACCUGCCCAAAAAGCCCAACUGCCUCCCGCGGCUUUGUCCUCCCCAAAAAGGACAAAAUCGUUACGCUGCGUCCCUGCUGAGAGCCCAAGCCAAACAUCCCCCGUUACAAAGCGGAGGGCGAUGAGCAGCAUUAUUUACAGUCCGGCCGAGGCGGUCGAUGACGAGCUUCACGCGCAAGACUACACGUCCUUCGUGGAGCAGGCCGCCAAAACUCCCAAUCAGUGGCCUGCCGAUCUGGAGUACACUCUGCACCCUAGCUCGGACGGCCGCAUGCCGAGAGUGUCAACAGUCAGAAGGACCAUCCAGCAGUUUCAGAGCACUGCUGCCGCAGCGGAGGUAAAAGAAAACGAUGGGAUCUUUCCAGCUGGGACUGGAAGUGAAGGAACUCCACCAGAGCUCACGGAAGAGCAGAUAAAGACAAGGGUGAAGAGAAACAUGUCGGACGGCGCUCAGUAUCUGACCGUCACGCAGGAUAAUUUCCUGCCCUCGCACAGGUCUUGGAGUUGGAAUGCCAAAGAUCGCAAAGCGAGAGGCGCGGCGGUUAGCAAGAGAGCAUCCAGCAGCGAGAGGGACCUCGUGAACGCAUGCGGAGCAGCGGCACACAAGAUGGAGGAUGACAUACACGAAAAGAAAUGACAUCUAAAAGUGUACGGUGGGAAACAACCUUCAUGCUGGAUUUGCAUUCAGUCAAAGCACACGAGGUCAAUUGUCCCUCCCACUUGACUAAUUCUGAUGAUGCGAAGGACUCAAAGAAGGAAUGCAAUUACUCGAAAAAGUUAGAAAUAUGAGGUGGGGAAAUGCUGAGAGAACUUUACUAGUUACAAAAUAUACUGUUACUAAAACCUAUUUCAAGGACGAAAGGUGAAAUAAAA